CAGCCGCGGCCCAGUGGCGCAGCCCGGGCCGGUAGACUGACGGACCGCGCCCGUUGUCUCUUUGAGGCCCUGACGUGGACACACUUCGGGUUUCACGACUCCGGGUUUCUCCAGGGGAUGGGCCGGCCGGUGGAGGCGCGUGAGGGAGACGAAGGGACUUCCGUUUCCUUCACCUAGGCUGGGGCCAAGCCGCAGAGCGGAGUUGGCAUUUCCAGAUUGGGGCUCGGGCCGCGCCUCCUCCGGGACCCUCCCCUUGGACCGAGCCGAUCGCCGCGGGGCAGUUCGGGCCGGCUGUCCUGGCGCGAAAAGGUGGACAAGUCCUAUUUUCAAGAGAAGAUGACUUUUAACAGUUUUGAAGGAUCUAAAACUUGUGUACCUGCAGACAUCAAUAAGGAAGAAGAAUUUGUAGAAGGGUUUAAUAGAUUAAAAACUUUUGCUAAUUUUCCAAGUGGUAGUCCUGUUUCAGCAUCAACACUGGCACGAGCAGGGUUUCUUUAUACUGGUGAAGGAGAUACCGUACGGUGCUUUAGUUGUCAUGCAGUUGUAGAUAGAUGGCAAUAUGGAGACUCAGCAGUUGGAAGACACAGGAAAGUAUCCCCAAAUUGCAGAUUUAUCAACGGCUUUUAUCUUGAAAAUAGUGCCACGCAGUCUACAAAUUCUGGUAUCCAGAAUGGUCAGUACAAAGUUGAAAACUAUCUGGGAAGCAGAAAUCAUUUUGCCUUAGACAGGCCAUCUGAGACACAUGCAGACUAUCUUUUGAGAACUGGGCAGGUUGUAGAUAUAUCAGACACCGUAUACCCGAGGAACCCUGCCAUGUAUAGUGAAGAAGCUAGAUUAAAGUCCUUUCAGAACUGGCCACACUAUGCUCACCUAACCCCAAGAGAGUUAGCAAGUGCUGGACUCUACUACACAGGUAUUGGUGACCAAGUGCAGUGCUUUUGUUGUGGUGGAAAACUGAAAAAUUGGGAACCUUGUGAUCGUGCCUGGUCAGAACACAGGCGACACUUUCCUAAUUGCUUGUUUGUUUUGGGCCGGAAUCUUAAUAUUCGAAGUGAAUCUCGUGCUGUGAGUUCUGAUAGGAAUUUCCCAAAUUCAACAAAUCUUCCAAGAAAUCCAUCCAUGGCAGAUUAUGAAGCACGGAUCUUUACUUUUGGGACAUGGAUAUACUCAGUUAACAAGGAGCAGCUUGCAAGAGCUGGAUUUUAUGCUUUAGGUGAAGGUGAUAAAGUAAAGUGCUUUCACUGUGGAGGAGGGCUAACUGAUUGGAAGCCCAGUGAAGACCCUUGGGAACAACAUGCUAAAUGGUAUCCAGGGUGUAAAUAUCUGUUAGAACAGAAGGGGCAAGAAUAUAUAAACAAUAUUCAUUUAACUCAUUCACUUGAGGAGUGUCUGGUAAGAACUACUGAGAAAACACCAUCACUAACUAGAAGAAUUGAAAAGGUGGACAAGUCCUAUUUUCAAGAGAAGAUGACUUUUAACAGUUUUGAAGGAUCUAAAACUUGUGUACCUGCAGACAUCAAUAAGGAAGAAGAAUUUGUAGAAGGGUUUAAUAGAUUAAAAACUUUUGCUAAUUUUCCAAGUGGUAGUCCUGUUUCAGCAUCAACACUGGCACGAGCAGGGUUUCUUUAUACUGGUGAAGGAGAUACCGUACGGUGCUUUAGUUGUCAUGCAGUUGUAGAUAGAUGGCAAUAUGGAGACUCAGCAGUUGGAAGACACAGGAAAGUAUCCCCAAAUUGCAGAUUUAUCAACGGCUUUUAUCUUGAAAAUAGUGCCACGCAGUCUACAAAUUCUGGUAUCCAGAAUGGUCAGUACAAAGUUGAAAACUAUCUGGGAAGCAGAAAUCAUUUUGCCUUAGACAGGCCAUCUGAGACACAUGCAGACUAUCUUUUGAGAACUGGGCAGGUUGUAGAUAUAUCAGACACCGUAUACCCGAGGAACCCUGCCAUGUAUAGUGAAGAAGCUAGAUUAAAGUCCUUUCAGAACUGGCCACACUAUGCUCACCUAACCCCAAGAGAGUUAGCAAGUGCUGGACUCUACUACACAGGUAUUGGUGACCAAGUGCAGUGCUUUUGUUGUGGUGGAAAACUGAAAAAUUGGGAACCUUGUGAUCGUGCCUGGUCAGAACACAGGCGACACUUUCCUAAUUGCUUGUUUGUUUUGGGCCGGAAUCUUAAUAUUCGAAGUGAAUCUCGUGCUGUGAGUUCUGAUAGGAAUUUCCCAAAUUCAACAAAUCUUCCAAGAAAUCCAUCCAUGGCAGAUUAUGAAGCACGGAUCUUUACUUUUGGGACAUGGAUAUACUCAGUUAACAAGGAGCAGCUUGCAAGAGCUGGAUUUUAUGCUUUAGGUGAAGGUGAUAAAGUAAAGUGCUUUCACUGUGGAGGAGGGCUAACUGAUUGGAAGCCCAGUGAAGACCCUUGGGAACAACAUGCUAAAUGGUAUCCAGGGUGUAAAUAUCUGUUAGAACAGAAGGGGCAAGAAUAUAUAAACAAUAUUCAUUUAACUCAUUCACUUGAGGAGUGUCUGGUAAGAACUACUGAGAAAACACCAUCACUAACUAGAAGAAUUGAUGAUACCAUCUUCCAAAAUCCUAUGGUACAAGAAGCUAUACGAAUGGGGUUCAGCUUCAAGGACAUUAAGAAAAUAAUGGAGGAAAAAAUUCAGAUAUCUGGGAGCAACUAUAAAUCACUUGAGGUUCUGGUUGCAGAUCUAGUGAAUGCUCAGAAAGACAGUACGCAAGAUGAGUCAAGUCAAACUUCAUUACAGAAAGAGAUUAGUACUGAAGAGCAGCUAAGGCGCCUGCAAGAGGAGAAGCUUUGCAAAAUCUGUAUGGAUAGAAAUAUUGCUAUCGUUUUUGUUCCUUGUGGACAUCUAGUCACUUGUAAACAAUGUGCUGAAGCAGUUGACAAGUGUCCCAUGUGCUACACAGUCAUUACUUUCAAGCAAAAAAUUUUUAUGUCUUAAUCUAACUCUACAGUAGGCAUGUUAUGUUGUUCUUAUUACCCUGAUUGAAUGUGUGAUGUGAACUGACUUUAAGUAAUCAGGAUUGAAUUCCAUUAGCAUUUGCUACCAAGUAGGAAAAAAAAUGUACAUGGCAGUGUUUUAGUUGGCAAUAUAAUCUUUGAAUUUCUGGAUUUUUCAGGGUAUUAGCUGUAUUAUCCAUUUUUUUUACUGUUAUUUAAUUGAAACCAUAGACUAAGAAGCAUCAUAUUAUAACUGAACGCAAUGUGUAUUCAUAGUAUACUGAUUUAAUUUCUAAGUGUAAGUGAAUUAAUCAUCUGGAUUUUUUUAUUCUUUUCAGAUAGGCUUAACAAAUGGAGCUUUCUGUAUAUAAAUGUGGAGAUUAGAGUUAAUCUCCCCAAUCACAUAAUUUGUUUUGUGUGAAAAAGGAAUAAGUUGUUCCACGCUGGUGGAAAGAUAGAGAUUGUUUUUAGAGGUUGUGUUUUAGGAUUCUGUCCAUUUUCUUUUAAAAUUAUAAACACAUACUUGUGUGAAUUAUUUUUUCAAAGUGAUUUGCCAUUUUUGAAAGCGUAUUUAAUGAUAGAAUACUAUCGAGCCAACAUGUACUGACAUGGAAAGAUGUCAAAGAUAUGUUAAGUGUAAAAUGCAAGUGGCAAAACACUAUGUAUAGUCUGAGCCAAAUCAAAGUAUGUAUGUUUUUUAUAUGCAUAGAACAAAA